GGUUUUAUGGCUGAACAGCAUUCAACAUUCAGAAGUCACUGAACUUUAAAAACCUACUAAAUCAGAGCUUUACUGCGGCUCUUGAAUGCAACACGUAAUUUGAGCUUCUAAACUUUGCACCAAACUCACCGCAGUAACUGAUCUGAGGAGCUGAAGCAUGGCCGGACCUCCUGCUGUGAUCUGGGAGCGCGAGGUGGCGGGUCUGCUGCGGUACCAAGAGCUGGUGCCCCGGCUGGAGGAGGCUCUGGGGAAGUUCUCCAGCCGGGACCCCGCAGAGGUGAUCCAGCCUGUGCGCACCACCGUGCCGCUGCAGAAACACCACGGCUUUAUGGGAUUGAUGCCUACAUACAUGGAGAAUAAGGGAGUCCUGUGCACAAAGUUUGUGUGUUUCUACAAGAGGGAGGACGGUUCAAAUUUGCCGUCCACACAGGCCACGGUGGUGCUGCUGGACCCGGAGUACGGGAACGUAAAGGCUGUUAUGGAUGGAGAGCUGAUCACAAGGAUGAGGACAGCUGCAGUGUCAGCCAUCUCUGCUAAGCUGCUGAUGUGUCCUGAGGCAGAGGUGUUGGCCAUCUUGGGGACUGGCGCUCAGGCCUUGAGUCAUUACAACGUCUUCACAGAAAUGUUCUCAUUUAAAGAGGUGCGUGUUUGGAGCUGCACAGGUCAGGGCUCGGAGAGGUUUUGCCGCUCAGUCAGCGGUCCGGUGACGGUGUGUGUCUCAGCUGAGGAGGCGGUGAGGGGCGCAGACGUCAUAGUGACGGUAACCAGGUGUACAGAGCCGGUGCUGUUUGGGCAGUGGGUCAAACCAGGAGCCCAUGUGGCAGCGGUCGGAGCCUGCAGGCCGAACUGGAGGGAGCUGGACGACGUGUUGAUGAAGGAGGCCGUGGUGUACGCUGACAGCAGGGAGGGGGCGCUGACUGAGUCCGGGGACGUCAUCCUCUCCGGGGCCGAGGUGUUUGCAGAGCUCGGAGAUGUUAUCAAUGGGACCAAACCAGCCCUCAGAGAGAAGACAACCGUGUUCAAAUCCCUCGGAAUGGGAGUGGAAGAUGCAGUGUCCGCUCAGCUGGUGUUCGACCAAUGGGAAGCCAAAUCCUGCAAAUCAUGAAGUGGCCAUCUAUUUCAAUCCUGACCUGUUUUAACCUUCUCUGAACUCUGGGACAUUUCUGACAUUUUAUAGAAUAAAUCAGCAGUUUUUCAACCUUUGUCCCUUAAGACAUGUCUGUAAAUAUGUGAUUCCACUGUCAGCUGUAAUGACUAAAAUAAAUAUUCUGUUUA